UCAACUGUCAAAAAGGUGUUGCUUUCUUCCUAUGACGUUUCUCGGUGCGGACUCUCCGCAGAAAUGCUUUUACAGUUUAUCGUAUUGAAGUUUUCCCAUUACCGAUCUCAACAAUAAUCUGACGGACAUAUUUAAUCACUUUUGUUUUCAUUUGUUCUGUGAUUUUGAUGGCUUUUCCGACGAUAAGUGCUCAGCAAGAAAUAAACAACCGAAAGAUCCUUGAAGACCUGCAAUUGAAGAAACAACUGUUGCAGAAAGGAGUCUCGCCCGUGGUGACGUCGAUUCCGAACCUUACAGUCGUCUCAGCGAAUCCUAGCAUGCCACAGUUCUUACCAUCGGCACCGCAACCAGCACAACAAGCCGAUUCUCCCGUGAAUACCACUGCCCGCACCGCCUGGAACCAGGCCAACACCCAGUCCUUCGGCUUUUUCGUCCCGCAAGACUCGGUCUUCGGCAACAGCAUCCUGCCCGUUCUCCCUCGAUUCGAAAAUAACCUGCCCAAGUAGCAGCUCCUCCUUUAGGUCGCACGCUUACCAGGAGAC